GCAAGAUCGGAGCCGCAAUUUGCAAACGCUUGGCUGUCAUUGACACAAAAGUUGUUCAAGCUUGCGAGUGUAUAACGAAACUUAGUGUUAUAACUGUACAUCACUUAACUAUAUUAAAUUUUGUGUACUUAAUAUCAAUAUCAACUUAAGUUAUACAAAAUGAAUCCUUAUCAAGGUCAGCCACGUUACCUACACAAUAUCGGAUUUAGCAACUCAGCCCCGCAGUCUUUUGGAAACCCGAUGCCGAUGCCAGGCUUCCCUACGAUGGGAUAUCCAGCGCCUCAACCUGGUUAUCCUAACACAGGGUCUGCCUAUCCGCAACAAACGCAAGGCUAUCCACAACAAUCUCAAGGAUAUCCACAACAAUCACAAGGGUACCCUCAACAAACUCAAGGGUAUCCGCAAUCGCAAGGUUACGCACAACCUAGUUCUGGUUACCCAAGUCAGGGAUAUCCCCAGCCAAAUUCUGCUCAAGGUUAUCCUCCUGCUCAAGGCUAUCCUCCAGCUCAAGGCUAUCAGCCUGCUCAAUCUGUACCAACACAGCAAGGUUAUCCUCAAAGUUCUAGUUAUCAACAGUCUAAUCAAUAUCAGGGGUAUCCUCAAUCAACGGUACAAAGUCAUCAAGCUUAUAGUGUUACUUCGAGUCCAGAGCAUGAGCCGAAGUCCAAACCUACAGUAGUACCAGUGAAUCCCUUCGACCCUCGUGAAGAUGCGGCGAUCCUGCGAAAGGCUAUGAAAGGAUUCGGAACCGAUGAAAAGUCGAUUAUUCAAGUAUUGACUCGUCGCAGUAACGAACAACGUCUCCGUAUUGCGUUCGAGUUCAAAACUCUUUAUGGAAAGGAACUGGUGUCGGAUUUGAAGAGCGAAACCAGUGGCAAAUUCGAAGAUUUGCUAGUGGCUCUCAUGACGCCAUUACCGCAGUUCUAUGCAAAGGAACUCCACGAUGCGACGGCGGGCAUUGGAACUGACGAAGAUGUGCUCAUUGAGGUCAUGUGCACCAUGUCCAACCACGAGAUCAACGUCAUCAAACAAGCGUACACUGCAAUUUACGGAACACUUCUCGAGGAUGACUUACGCGGCGAUACAUCAGGGAAUUUCAAGAGGCUUAUGACGUCACUGUGCAUGGGUAAUAGAUCUGAAGAUUUUCACGUGGAUCAGGGGAAGGCCCGUGAAGAUGCCAGAAGCCUGUUACAAGCAGGUGAGCUUCGUCUCGGCACAGACGAAUCAGUGUUCAACGCGGUGCUUUGUUCCCGUUCUUUCCCACAACUGGCAGCUAUCUUCCAAGAAUACCAAUUCCUUACCGGCCACGACAUAGAUGACGCUAUCAAGGCCGAAUUCUCCGGUGACCUUGAAAAGGCUAUGCGAGCUAUUGUGAAAGUGGUCCGCAACAAGCCGUUAUUCUUCGCUGAACGUCUCCACAAGUCCAUGAAGGGCCUCGGCACAAACGACCGUCAGCUGAUCCGCAUCAUGGUGACCAGAUGUGAGGUUGAUCUCGGAGACAUCGCUGACAUGUUCCAGUCUAAAUAUGGGGAAACUCUUCAGAGCUGGAUUGAGGGUGAUUGCUCCGGUCACUACAAGAAGUGCCUUCUGGGUCUUCUCGGUCUUUAUUAGACAAGUUGAUUAUAUUCACGCAUUUUUUCCUCUUGUGUGACACCGUGUCUCAAAGGCUUGUGUAAUCUCAUUAUAAGUCAUUUACAAUUUUAUUGUGUAAGUGAUAUAUUUUAUAUUUGAACUCUAAAUUUCUAUUAUAUAACGUAUAUAAUGAUAAGUAUACUAUGCCAACUCAUUCAUUGUCGUGCAGCAGAUAUUUACAAGAAAGCACUCAUUUAAAUUUAAAUGGUUCAGUAGAAGAUAAACCGGUUUCAAGUCUUAUCACCUCACCCCAUGCUUAGCAAGGAAAGACACCUGCAUAUGUUAGAUUAAAGUGCCACAUUUGUGUUCUCUUCAGUGAACCAGCAUCAGGGAAUAAGUUCCAAAAGUUUAUAAGAUAAAUUUAAGUGCACCUUGCAUGGCAUUGAAUGAGUUAAACAUAUACUAUUACUGUUCGUACAAUAAUGUCAUAGAAAUAUGACUAAACAACAAGGCCCAAUGAUGCCUUAAGACAUAACAAUUGAAUAUUUGUGAUUAAAAUAUUAUUAUUCAUUCAUAAUAUACAUUAGAUUACGAAUUAAAAUAUAAAAUUUUAUAUUUCAUAUUAUCUCGCUGAAAUGAUUAAUCAAACCGUCCGAUUGAUCUGAUUUCGAAAAUUGUAUUUUUAAGAAAAUUAUUUACGAAAUUGAAGUCUUACCUCGUGUGUUUAUUUAUAUUUAAAUGAAUAAAUUGUUGCAUAAAUGCAUUUAUAUAUGCAUUAUCUCGAAAGACAUUGUUUCUAUAACUGUAGUUGUUUUAAAAUAAAAAUUAUACACAAAAUUCUUUUUUAUGAUAAAAUUGUUAAUUCAUUUCUAAUAUUGGAAGAACAUUGCAAAGAACUGUUUUAAGAAUUUUUAUAAGUGCUUAUUAAAAAAAAAUGUGCCUUUAUAAUACAUAAAUAUACAUAUUUUAUUUACACGUAUGAUAUAUUAUAUUUAUAACAUUUAUUGGUUUUCACGUGAAACGAAAUUUCUAGGUAUAUAUAUAAUUGCGUUAACACGACUUAAUAUAUAUUUAUUAAAACAAUUGAUAUUGAGAGCCCCAUUUCAAAUAUACGAUUUUUUCAUAGGCGUAUUUUAUAUUAAGAAAUGUUCACAAUUUUUAAGAUAGAAUUUUCUUUAAACAAGUACAUGUUUUUACUUGAAUUAUUUAAAGAUUCGUUGUCGCUCAUCUGUCAAAGCGCAGCGCAGAGCAAGAUUUAUACACACACGAGUCUGCGUUUGUUCGGAAACGUGCGAACGUGCGACAAUGUGUUGAUUAGCUCCUUUGUCAGCUUUUGAUAUGUGCUAUGUUGAUAACAUUGAUACGAAUCGAUAAAUCCUUUGCGCUGUGCUUCGGGAGGCGUUGCCGCCGUGCCUUUUGUAUUUUUAUUUGAAUUUAAUUGCAUUUAUAAAGUUAUCGUAAAAAUAAUACUGUAUUAUUACUUUGAUUCGUUUAAACUCAACGAUUGUCAGUUUAUAAUUUCUUAAUAUUUUUUAUCUCUUCUUGAUUUAUCGAUGCAUAACAUUAAACAUGUUUAAAAAAACUACGGUUCUGGCAACAUUGAAUCUCAUCCCCACCUUAAUUUUAUAACAACAAUUAUUCUUAUUACUAUUAGAAUUAAGAAUAGUUUUUAAUACCACAUAGCCACGUCUAUAAACAAUAUAUUUGUACUAAAAUACACUGAUUUUUUAAUAUUUUUAAACGCAAAAUGUUAUCCGUUGACAAGGUCUUACAAAUUUUAUUACUUAUUAAGCUUUUUUAUAUUACCUAAUCAUAAUAUGCUCGUUACGGGACGUCUAGCAGAUGUAAAAGGUCGAAUUUGAUUGUUAUUAAAAUAAGUAUAAACAGCUUCAUUAAUAGAAUAAAUAUCUUUUUUAUUAUUAUUAUUAUAUAAGUAUACGCGCCAUUGCGUGGCCAAGGGGAGUAGAGAGCGGGGGGAGGGGUACCAUAGUGACAUAAGAGCCUCAUACUGUUUGCUGUCGAUCUUACUCCUAAGGUGCGAAUUGAUAUCUCACAUCAAAAAUAAACUAUUUAAAAGACGUGGCUACGAACGCUUGUAUCGGCUUUGCGGUAAAAUGAAACGAUAGUGCUACUUGAGGCCAACAAAAUACUUUUAUAUAACGUUAUGAAUGGUUAUUUCGGUUUAUACAAAUAAAACUGUUGUAUUGAUGUGUCUAAUAAAUGUUCUUAUCAA